AUGCAGCAAAGAUCCAAGAACUCGAUCAAGCAGAAGCGGCGGAGCAGAGGAUUGUGCUGCAACUGUAGGAUCAGCGUUUCCUCGUCCGAGGAGGCUGAGAGCUCGAGUGGCUCAGGCAGGUACGAGAGCAUCUCAAGUAUCGCUCACGCGAUGGUGCAGGAGAGGCUGGAUCAGAUGAUCAUGGAAGGGAGGAAUGAGGCGGAGAGAGUUAGGCGGCGGGAGAGGGCGGCGGCUACUAAGUUCGUGGUGAUGGUGGCGGCGGAGAUGUCAACAUGGGAUCCUCGGGAGGACUUUAGGGAGUCGAUGGAGCAGAUGAUCGUGGGCGGAGGGAUUCGUCGGCCCAAGGAUUUGAGGAGGCUCUUGAAUUACUAUCUUGGUAUGAAUGGGGAGGAAUUUCAUGGGAUUAUACUUGAGGUGUUUUAUGAUGUUUGUACUCGUUUGUUUCUGUAUAUUGCAAACUAG